AUGGACGGUGACGACCUUUUUGGCGUCUUUUCGGAGGCACCAGCCAAUUUGCCGAAAAAGCAGCAUGCUGAAAAACAGCACCAGCCCAAGCCCCAGCCCAAGAAAAGACCUGCUCCUCAGGAAAACCACGAAAACAAGAAACAGGAUAAGAAGAAGGACGAAAAGAAGAAAAACCCGGUUGUCAGUGAUGCCGUCGAGAUUGAAGCUUCCAGAGAAGUGGCUCCUUCGGCGGGUCUUCUUCCUGGUGCUGCCGAUAAAGAGGCAGAGGCUAAGUUGAAGUUGAAGCAUCAGGUCAGACAUCAGGUUGCCAUUCCUCCAGACUACCCAUACAUUCCUAUUGGAGAACACAAGAGAACGAACGAAGCCAGGACGUACCCCUUUACCUUGGAUCCUUUCCAGGAUACGGCCAUCUCGUGUAUUGACAGAAACGAGUCUGUGUUGGUUUCUGCGCAUACUUCUGCUGGUAAGACAGUGGUGGCUGAAUACGCCAUUGCCCAGUCGUUAAGAGAAAAGCAGCGUGUCAUCUACACCUCGCCAAUUAAGGCUUUGAGUAACCAGAAGUACAGAGAGCUCUUGGCUGAGUUUGGCGAUGUGGGUCUUAUGACUGGAGAUGUGACCAUCAACCCAGACGCUGGGUGUUUGGUCAUGACGACUGAAAUUUUGCGUAGUAUGUUGUACCGAGGCUCGGAGGUGAUGCGUGAAGUUGCCUGGGUCAUCUUUGACGAGGUGCAUUAUAUGAGAGAUAAGAAUAGAGGUGUGGUUUGGGAAGAAACCAUCAUUUUGCUUCCUGAUAAGGUGCACCAUGUGUUCCUUUCUGCCACGAUUCCUAACGCUAUGGAGUUUGCUGAAUGGGUGGUCAAGACGCAUAACCAGCCUUGUCACGUUGUUUACACCGAUUUCCGUCCUACGCCUUUGCAGCAUUACUUGUUUCCAGCUGCUGGCGAUGGUAUUCAUUUGGUGGUGGACGAAAAGGGUACUUUCAGGGAGGAGAACUUCCAGAAAGCCAUGUCGUCGAUUUCCAACAACAUCGGUGACGAUCCUGCUUCUGCUGAUGCCACUAGAAGCAAAAAGAAGGGUGAAACAUAUAAAGGUGGAGCCAAGGACGGCAAAAGCGAUAUCUAUAAGAUCGUUAAGAUGAUCUACAUGAAGAGAUACAACCCAGUCAUUGUCUUUUCGUUUUCCAAGCGUGACUGUGAGUCUUUGGCGCUCAAAAUGUCCAAGUUGGACUUUAAUACCGACGAAGAGCGUUCUGCAUUGACGAAGGUCUUUGAAAACGCCAUUGACGUCUUGCCUGAAGCUGAUAGGGAAUUGCCCCAGAUCAAGAACAUCUUGCCGCUUCUCAGAAGAGGUAUUGGUAUUCAUCAUUCUGGUCUUUUACCGAUUUUGAAGGAAGUCAUCGAGCUUUUGUUCCAGGAAGGUUUGCUUAAGGUGCUUUUCGCUACUGAAACUUUCUCCAUUGGUCUUAAUAUGCCUGCCAAGACUGUUGUCUUUACGUCUGUCAGAAAGUGGGACGGUCUGGGCUUCAGAUGGGUUUCUGGUGGUGAGUACAUCCAGAUGUCUGGAAGAGCUGGUCGUCGUGGUUUGGAUGACAGAGGUAUUGUUAUUAUGAUGAUUGAUGAAAAAAUGGAACCUCAAGUCGCCAAGGGUAUGGUUAAGGGUCAGGCCGAUAGGUUGGACUCUGCUUUCCAUUUGGGAUACAAUAUGAUUUUGAAUUUGAUGCGUGUGGAAGGUAUUUCUCCACAGUUCAUGUUGCUGAACUCGUUUUACCAGUUCCAGAACGCUGCUUCUGUGCCUAAGCUUGAACAGCACCUUCAGCAAUUGACUUUGGACUAUAAUAAUGUCACAGUUGAGGAUGAGUUCCAUGUCAAAGAGUACUAUGACUUGAAGAAGCAGCUUGAAGGGUACCAGGAGAACGUGCGCCAGGUUGUGACCCAUCCAGGCCAUAUUCUUCCGUUCUUGCAGCCUGGUAGAGUCAUCAAGAUCAAGAUUGGUGAAUUCGACUACGGUUGGGGAAUGGUUGCAUCUUUCACCAAGAGAUCCAACAAGAGAGAUCCUUCCCAGGCCUACACUGACCACGAGCUGUACUUGGUGAGUGUUUUCGUGUGCACGAUGUUUGUGGAUGCUCCAGUCAACUUAAUCAAAUCAUUUAACCCAGUCUUCCCUGAAGGUAUCCGUCCUUCCAACGAAGGCGAGAAGCUGAGAGCUGAAUACAUUCCUAUCACUUUGGACUCGAUCCAGGCCAUUUCCAGUGUUCGUUUGAAGGUUCCAGACGACUUCAAGAGCUCUACAGCCAAGAGAAACUUGGUUCGUACGUUGAAGGACUUGCCCAACAAGUUGCCAGAUGGUAUUCCUACCAUGGACCCUGUUGAAAGCAUGAAGAUCAUCGAUCCAGAGUUCAAGAUGUUGUUGCGUAAGAUUGACGUCUUGGAGAGCAAAUUGGCUACUAAUCCAUUGCACGAGUCUGACAGAAUCAAGGACUUGUACGCCAAAUACAGCAAUAAGGUGGAUAUCCAGAAGAGCAUUGAAGAUACCAAGGAAAAGAUCCUACAGGCACAAGCUGUCAUUCAGCUUGACGACUUGAAACACAGAAGAAGAGUUUUGAGAAAGCUUGGGUUCGUCAGUCCUGAUGAGAUCAUCGAGCUUAAGGGCAGAGUUGCAUGUGAGAUCUCCACCGGUGACGAGCUUCUUUUAACUGAGCUUAUAUUCAACGGUACGUUCAACGACUUGACGCCAGAGCAGUGUGCUGCGCUUUUGUCUUGUUUCGUCUUCCAGGAACGUGCUAAAGAGGUUCCUCGUUUGAAGCCUGAAUUGGCUGAACCAUUGAAGGCAAUGCAAGACAUGGCCACCAAGAUUGCUAAGGUGUUCAAGGAGAGCAAGAUUGAAAUCGCCGAGAAGGAAUACGUCGAGCUGUUCCGUCCAGAACUCAUGGAAGUGACGUACGCCUGGUGUAAAGGCGCCAAGUUUGCCCAGAUCUGUAAAAUGACCGAUGUCUACGAAGGUUCAUUGAUCAGAACGUUCAAGAGAUUGGAAGAGAUGAUCAGACAGAUGAUCCAGGCCGCCAAGACGAUCGGUAAUAUCGAGUUGGAGGAUAAGAUGGAGAAGGCCACAGAAAUGGUGCACAGGGACAUCGUUUCUGCUGCAUCCUUGUACUUGUAA